AUGCCGGGAUUCCUCUCGAAGCUUAAGAACAAGGGAGCGCAACCGUCGUCGAAGGGCAAGCACACGCCUGACCUCACCAACGGCAAGGCUACCGAACCUCACAAGCCCAGAUGGCAGACGCAAUGGACCAGCAAGACGGUGGUGCCAGAGGAGGUGGAGGAGCUCAUACAUACUUGCACAGCGGAGAUGAAGUCAAGAGCCGAAGCACUUGAUGCGCCAUUCCUGCUUCUACCCUUCCGCCCUGCGACAGACGCCAGCGGCGCACGCAGCUUCAUUCGCAACUUCUACAGAUCCAACGCAGAAGGUUCACACCAAUAUCGCGGCUCGAGUCUGCAGCAAGAACUGAGGCUCACCGAGCCGAUUGUCUUGUGUUCUAUCAUGAAAUGGUGCUGGAGCAGGAUGCCUGAUGGAGUCGUCGGCUGGUCCGUAUAUCAGGGCUUCCAGAUCGGCGAAAGCGAGUCCAGCUUAGCACGGAACGCAUUCGAUGAGUUCAUUCCUCUGAGCGCAGACUCCACGUCUCGCAAGAACAUCAUUUACGACUUCUACGAUCUCCUGGCAGCAGUAGCUGCGCAUGGCAAGACGAACGGUAUGGGUGGUCGCAAACUAUCACGGCUUGCUGGAUGGUGGGCUUUCGAUCACUCCGACGAUGGAAAAGGUUUCGAAGGAGGGUACCGCUCAUGGGCGAUGGCUGCGGACGCCUCCAGUCACUUAUUCUUCGCCUACCUGCGAUCACUCUCGCCCGAAGCCAACCCAGCGAUGAGCCUGAUCGAGAGAAUACCUCGCUCGCUGCAAGCGCUCCUCGCGUCGACCGAGUACCCUCCAGAGACACCCACUCUGAUGCAAACGCCGACACCACGAGUGGUCAUGAUUGUCGAUUCGGUCUCACCAACCCCUUUCGCUCUUCUACGCCGAGCCAAGCACUUCGAGUUCAGAGACAGAGACCAAGUUUUGCGCGAAUACUCCGAGUUCGAGGACCCGGUGGAUGCGCUUACGGAGGAGUGCAAGCGGGUGCUGUAUGCAAUUUCCUCUACCAAUUCAUCGGUGGCGCGCUCAAGACAUCGAAACCUCACCAAGACGGACGAGAGCUGGUCUGCUUUCCAGAACCUUGGGUUCGGCGACAUGGACGAAAAGGCUCUGCAAAAGACUCCGGCGACUCUGAACGGCUCCGCAGCGAAGCCACAAUCUGGAGGCCUGCGUUCGGAGCCACGCUCGCGAAAUGCUGACCAUGCUCGGCCAACUACACCGUCCUGGGCAGAUUUCCUAUCCUCUGGCUUUGUUGAAGACGAUCAGAACCAGACGCCAACUUUGCUCAUGCCGCCUGACCACAUGCUGCCUCCACUCGGCAGCAGGGCACAGACACCUUCACACAUUCCCGAAGGUGAUGAGAUCGUGGCGCCUGGAGAGCUCGCCGCCAUCACUGACAUCAACCUCGACGAUGCCUUCUGGUGGGUGUGGAUGAUUAGCUUGGCUAGCGAAGAGCCCCAGGAGCGUAAAGCUGUCUUUGGCCGUUGUGCUGUUAUAGAGACCAGCAUCAUGCAUGGCAGGUGGUUGAUCAUGGAGGAGCAGGUGAAAGGUGCCUCGCCGGAUCCACAGGAGGGAGCCUACAUUGCUCCUAAGAAGAGCUUUUUCAGCUUCACGAAGCGGGGACGCCUCGGGCGCAAGAGAUCCACGAACAAGAAGCCAUACGACUCCGAACAGCCGGCGGAGCGCUUGACCUCCGCUACACCAAGCAGGACUAGUCUCGCGCCUGCUCAGCAGUCGAAGAUCAAGCAAGCUGCGGCGGCUCUAAAGAGACAAGACACCAAGGAUGACGAGACCGCGACCCGACGUGGACGACACGACGAUCCUUACGCUUCGAAGACUAACAGCACGUUGACGAUGGGAUUGCAGACCGAGGCUGGACCUGCGAUGAAGUGGAUGGGCGCUUACGACAAGCAUACCUUGAGGGCUCAGUAUCUGGGCGACACCUAUGCAGGCACGGGUAUGAGCAGAGAGGACCUACUGCUCCGCAAGACUUCGUCGAACAACGUCAUUGGCGAUCGCACAAGCACGAUACCAUCCCCGGCUCCUCCGGCUUCACCAAGUGCCAACAAUCUACCGGCAAGCUACAUGGAGCGCGAGCUUCCAGCUGUGCCUCCGCAAGAACGGACUGUAACCAGCACCACAAUACCACAGGAAGAGCAGCCGUCAGCACCACUGCCACCAGCGUCUCCCGAGCUUACGGCUACACCUGCUCGACCUGAAGAGACCCAGCAUGACGCCGAGAAUGUUCCGAUCCCCGAUAUCGCGGCGCCAACAGCAAUGGACAAGGAGAUGGCAGUGGGUCCUUCGACUUCACCUACUCGCAACCGAGUAUCAAGGAAGCCUGUCUCCCAAGCGCAUCCUGCGUUCAGGAAGCAGAGCGUCGAUCAGCCGACGUCACCACAGACCCCAACAAGCCCUACCAACAAUCUUGCUGCCAUCGCUGCUGUAAAAGCGAUGCAGACGAGCCCAGAAUCCCAGAAGAGCGGCAACGCCAAGCUUAAGAAGCAGAACGCCUCUGGCGCUCCUUCUGGACUGAAGAAGAUGUUCGGCCGCAAUAAGAAGGACAUGUCUAACCGCCAGUCCAUGGAUGUCAAGCAGAGCAACGGUCUCGCACCUCCAGACCAAGGGCCGAUGCGUCGCUUGUCGCUCAUGCGCAAGAAACCUUCGCAGCCGCCUACGCCCAAGGAUAGUAGGACAAAUCUGUCUCAUCACUCGGACGCAUCCGAAUUGGAAGCAGUUCCCGUGAUGCCUGCGGCACACGGUCAAUUCGACAAUCACUCUUCGGCAGCUAUCUCGACGACUGAGUCGCAGGAUCAAAGGCAUGCUGACCAAGAAUUCGCACGCUUCGAUCAAGGUCCCGCGGACCUGCCAAUGACUUCACCUCAACAAUCGCCUCCGGAGAUCGUUGCCCCGCAGGCUCAGCGUGUCGCCAACCCGCGUAUGGAUUAUCAUGCCGGCCCUGAGAGCGGCUACGAGGCUUUUGAGACGCCGUUGGAGCAGCCUGAGCCGGAGAUGCAGGACGAUGCGCAGUCUGAGGCUACAAUGGAAGAGCUGGAUGAGGCUUCACCAGCGGAGAAGGAUCGUUGGGCCACUAUCCGCGAAAACGCUGCACGCAGGGCCGCAAGAGCGAGUGAAGAGCAGAGCAUGCAGAGUCGGCCCAGCCAGAGCGCCAGGACGGACGAUGGAGAGACGAGUGGAGAGGAGAGUAAGUUGUAUUUCCGCGAAGAUGGUUGA